AUGGAGCCCCCGCUGCUGCCUCUGCGGCCUCGCGCUUGCACUCAGCGGUCAUCCGAGGUUUCUUAUCAGGCCCACGGCCACGCUUCCUCGGUGAAGCAGGCGUAUCGGUUGGAGUAUCGUUCGAAGAGUCGUUUGAAGGCGCCGACGGCAGAGUCAGGAGGCAAGGAUCGAUGGGACGGCCGAGAGGAGGGUCUCCGUAAGGUCAAGCUCGUUCUCAAUGAGAUCAUCCUCAAGGCGAAGGUCAUUGAAAGCGCGGAAUCCGUCCUCAUCUGUGGCAUCGCGUGA